GUGGUAAAAUGGUAAAUGCACACACAACAAGAUUGUCCACGAGGUGUGAUAAAUACCCGUGAUCGCAGACGUUGGAUAAUUGACGCCGAAAUCCCGAUAUCCGAGAGAGUGUCGCUAGGCGAAGAGGACCAGACCAAACUCUGCAAUUGCGAAGCAAAAACUUCAACGGAAAUGGCAGUGACAGUGACGAUGCUCGGGGCGUUGUGGGGUUUGAGUGUGCAGUUGCACUCCAACGCUCUUCGGAGGGUCCCUUACAUGCGCCAUCCGUGGGAGCAUUUGAUUGCGAUGGGAUGCGGGUCGAUCUUCCUGAACGAGCUGACUAAAUUUGACAAACAAAUCGUAGAGGACACUGAGAAGCUUGUCCAGAAGUCCAGGGCAGCCAAUGAACGUCGCUACUUUGAUGAAGACGAAUAAGUAUUUGCAAUCAUCCGUCAACAGAUCAUGGGACAUUCUGACAAGAUCUUUUCUAUUCCCCCUCAUGUUAUGGACCUAUGGUCUGUACUCUGUACUACUGCUUUUGCUUUUCUAUUCAUGUUACUUACAAUCUCUCUAAGCUUUUGCUGCUAAUAAGAGCUGUGAUGCUUUGAUGAUGGUAA